AUGUUCAAAGUACGACAUAUGCAGAUGAGAUUAAAAGUGCUUAGGAGCAGGGAUGAUGAAGAUGGAGAUGGGAAUACACUUUCAAAGGGUGUAAAAAAGACAAGCCCCAUCUACAAAAUGGAUCCAAUCCUGAAAGACGGACUGUUACGAGUAGGAGGAAGACUGAGCAGAGCAUUGUUAUCGGAUAAUGCAAAGCAUGCCAUUAUCCUUCCCAAAGCUGGUCACGUUUCUACCUUGAUCUUGAGACAUGUUCACAAGAUAUGUGGGCAUAGUGGAAGGAGCCAUGUACACUCCAGUCUACAGCAGAAAUACUGGAUGCCAGGUGCCAAUUCGUCAGUUAGGCGGAUAAUUGGAAAAUGUGUGACAUUCAGGAAGCAGAGAGCCAGAGUAAUGGAACAAAAGAUGGCUGAUCUGCCCUCUGAUAGGCUCAGACCAGACGAGCCCCCCUUCACCAGAGUAGGAAUGGACUAUUUCAGUCCAUUUGAUGUAAAGAGAGGAAGAAGUGUAGUGAAGCGGUAUGGCGUCAUGUUUACCUGUCUAGCCUCACGAGCAGUACACAUUAAAAAGGCAGAUUCUCUGGACACCGAUCAUGCAUUGAUGCCAUACGGAGGUUCAUUGCCCGCAGAGGAAAUGUGA